AUGUCCGUCCAAAGCGAAAGUUGUGGUGAUGUUCAAGGAGCAUGCACCCCGGAUCCUGCGAGUCCGUGCUUAGAGUUGAGCGCUCCACCUCCAGUGCUUGACCUUACUCCACAACAGAAAAGGAAGAUUGUCAGUUGCCCAACAGUUCCCUUGAAGCCAGCAUAUCCAAAGUUCAUUCUCAAAUAUCACAUACAGAAAAGCUUCUUCGGGAGGCUGAAGCCAAGUACAAGUACUAUCCACUCUUCUGCAAAUCGCUUCCAUUCUGGGAAAAGAGCCGUUGCCCCUGACGUUGUUCUCUACAGCUCAGGUUACCCGGCGAAUAUUCAAGCUCCUGACCCUGCCAUCAUAGUGAAACGCCAUAUUCGCCUACUUCAUGAAUACAACGAAAUUAAGGAUGUCGCACAGGGUCUACUGGGAUUGAUUGCGGAGGCCCGCGGAGUGAGACAUGUUGAAGUGCAAAAGGAGUUCGGUGUUGGUGGGAACGAUUGA